AUGGCUUCUACAAGUGAUCAGACAAACGUUCAACUCCGUCAAGAAGAACCAAUUGAAUGGAUUAAAGAAGAACAACCCGCGAAUAAUGCGAAUAUUGCUACUAAUUUGAAUACUGCCACUUCAACGACAAUGGUGAAGACAAUAAGUAACUCUGCGCAGACGACAUCUCAGCAGAAUUUUGAUGCGUCAACGAAUCCGAUGGACAUUGUUGGUUCAUUGAACCAGAUGAUUGAAGACCCGAGCCUGAACGAUAUUCUCACGAAUAGACAGUUCGACAUUGUCGAAUAUGAACGCAAGUUAGCCGAAAAUACUAAACAGACGAUAAAUCUUCUGACCAAUUUAUGCGAUUUUUGUGAUCGUCUCAAGCAACAACACAAGACUUCGCUGAUAAAAUUGCAAGAUGAACAGAUCAAACGCUAUCAGGUGACCGAACAAAUGCAGAAAUUUGCUGAAGAAAACGAGAAACUCACCAAGCGACGAGAUCAGUUGGAAAACGAGGUUGCCUUGUUGAAAAGUAAGGAAGCUGAGCUCGAAAAGCUGAAGAAGCAAAAAGCUGGAAUUGAAUGGCAUAAUGUGGAAUGUGUUCGCAUUGGAGAAUGCUUUUUGAAAGAACCAACAUCGUCACUCGUGCUGCCAAACGGAAAUAUUUUCGUGUCAGAUAGUCAACUUGGCUUGUUUUUGUUCACACUGAAUUCGGAUCUAAUACGAAAUGUGUCGAAUGUGGACUGGAGAUGGGCACAAGCAGGUACCCUCCUCCCAGACGGACAUAUUCUCUUGUCAAUGAUGGUCCGUGAAAGCAGCGCAGUUCCGUGGAGACGUUUCAUAAUGAAAUUUGAUUCGGAAUUGAACUUCAUUGCUAAAAUCGAAGGACCCAAAUGGAUUGAAGAGGAGACUAUAUUACGCGAACGACUUUGCGCCGCAUCGAACGGAAAUAUCUAUUUUGCAGUGGCUGGUGAAACGUUCAGUUCACUUUUCGAGUUGUCGGCUGAGGGCAGAUGGACCGAACUGGACCAGAAACGUGGUCAAUCUUUCGUUGACGUUCAGAUUGUCAGAGGUUGUCACGCAUCUGGCCGGCUUCAAAGGCCAUCAUUAAGCGAUCAAGAUAAUUUAGCCUAUGAUUAUGAAUGGGCCAAUGUUCAGGUUCUGAGUGUGAUUGGCCCAGUCACAGAGGUGCUUUUGAUCGAGGAACGUCGUGGUGCAAUGUACGUGUUGAGUGUGCGUGAUUCAUCGAUAGCGAUAAGACGUGCAAUGAAUCCCGUCGAAAGGCCCGGUACAGUUUGUGUGGAUGAGGAGAAGAAAGUGUUCGUUCACGACGUGAGAGAUGGCAAAAUCCGUCAAAUUUCCACUUCUGGUGACAGCUUCGAGGCAACCGACGAUGCCGCACUCGCGCACAAGUCGUUGUAUGCGCUAUCAGCCAAUAAAGGCUUCUUGGCUGCAGUCUAUCGUGAGGAUAAUCUCGUUCGAUUGCACAAGUAUAAAAGUGUCCAAUAA